AUGGCUGGUCCAGAUGCGCUACUACGAGACCCUGAGAGCUGCGUGAGGCAGACAACCGCCGACGAAAGCGCACACAAGGCGUUCGAGAAGGCCAGAGACAACCCCGACGAGAGACGCUUGCCACCGUCUAUCCAGCGCAGGUCAGAUGCCAUCUGUACCUAUCUGAAGGGACCCGACCCCCCCAGGAUCUGGAAGAUACGACCAAUUCUGCCUCGUCUUCAGCAUCUGCCGCUGCGGCUGGUGGACAAGUUCUGCCCUAGACAGUGGCAGCGCAUUCUGGCCCUCUUCCUCUUUUACGUCUGCUGGAUCGCCACCUUUGGUGCUGUGCUCCACAAGUCGGCGGUGGCUGAUGAUGUGAACGGCUAUGGCCAACCAGUUCAAAUACAGUGCGGCGGCGUAUUCUGGGAGGAGAAUAACGAUUGUGGGCUCAAUGGCACAGAUUGCCUGCCCUUCGCAGACAGCUCGUUCGCCUUCCGAUGUCCUGCGAACUGUAUCAGUGAGGAGGUGCAGAAUCCUCGUGCAGUCGGCGCGCAAGAAGUCAUCUAUGAGCCACUGGUGGUCGGCGGCCCAACUUCGGAUGGAACCCAUGACUUUACGUACCGCGGCGAUUCUUUCAUAUGCUCUGCCGCCAUUCAUGCUGGUGUCAUCGCCAACGGCGUAGGCGGCUGUGGUGUCGUGUCCCUCAUUGGUCAGCAGAGCAACUAUCCCUCGGUGACACGGAACGGCAUCUCGAGCAUCGGGUUCGACUCGAGCUUCCCAUCGUCUUUCACUUUUACGUCGACGACUGCUUCCUGCAGGGACCUCUCAUGGGACUUGCUCGCCGUUUCUGUCGUGUACACGACACUGCUGUCCCUGUUCACCCGAUCUGCCUCGGUGUUCUUCUACACGACGGUUGUCGGGUGUUACCUCCAGGCGGCGCUGGCUACGGACACGCCCGAGUACGCCAGCAUUGCGACGCUGGUGUCGACAGCUAUUGGCAAGCUCCUGCCAGCGCUGUUCAUCGCGAUGGUCAUGUAUAGGCUCUAUAUCCGGCGUACCUUGCACGACCUGACCGCCCAGGUCGAGAAGACGAUCCUGUGGCUCGGUCCAUGCUGGGUGGCCGUGCUGGCGGACUACACCUUCGAGCUGAUCCCGCUCGAGAGGCUCACAGAACACGAUCUCCGGCAGGAACCAGGCGGGCUGGCCUCGCUCAUCAUCAUCGUGGUCGUCCUGCUCUGCGCCUUUAUCGGACAGGCAUGGGCUUUCAGGCGAGAGGGACGGCUGCUGCGGUACCUGGCGCUCUACGUGAGCCUGGGCAUCACCAUCGGCCUCCUGGCCGCCAUACCACAGGAGGACCUCCGUCUGCACCACUACAUUCUGGGGCUCCUCCUCAUCCCUGGCACCUCGCUGCAGACCCGGCCCAGCCUGGUUUAUCAAGGCAUCCUCGUAGGGCUCUUCAUCAACGGCGUGGCCAAAUGGGGCUUCGACGCGAUCCUGCAGACGGCCGCAGAGCUGCAGGGCGACGCGCUGGACGGCUCGGCGCUGCCCGUGAUCACAGCGCUCAAUGCGACGGUGUCCAGCAUCACCUUCACGUGGCCUGGCGUUCCUGCGGGCUGGAACGGGACCAGCGUCCUCGUCAAUGACGUGGAGCGCUACCGAGACUACUCGUCCAGCCAGGACGAGCGCUCCUUUACCUGGCAGAGAGCGAUCGCCGGGGAGCCCGAGUACUUUCGGUUUGGGUUCUUUGCGCUAUCAGCAGCGUAUGGGCUGGAGACGGGCGACUAUACCAUGGGUGGCACCUGGCUUGCAAAUGGGACAUGGAUACAGAUGGCCGCAGGGGCAACGUGAGCCAACAUGUUUUUUCGCCGACUAGCCAGCAUAAUAUCCAUACUAUCAUGUGCC